AAACGGCGUUUCAACUUCAAAUUUAAAUAAAAAAUCCGAGAAUGGGCGAAACGACGUCGGAAGAGACUAUACAAAAACCCUCCAUAAACAUCUUCCUUCAUCGUGCGACCAUUGAGUUUUCGACCUGUGUGUGCUCUAUCCCCCCUCUUCGACACCUGCAAAACUUGAUCGAAACCCUACCCAUCCAAAGUCACCGGUCUCGGAAAACCUUGAAUUUCUACAAUGAGGACGAAGAAUGCUUCUGUGUCUUCCUCCAUGAAUGGAAACGAUGAGUAUCAUGCGGAAGAGAGGAUGAAAGAGCACAACGGUAGCCCAAAGCCCACACAAGGAACAUUCGAGAAAGAUGCCCCAAUUCCGAAAUGGAUCCUUGCCACUGUUGCAAACUCUGAUGAUUCCAUGUCUUUCCCAUGGGGGACAUGGGCAUUCCUGGAGUCCCUUCGUAUCCAAUCUUUGGGGAAGGACUUAGUUUCAGAAAAAAAGAAACUUGUCAAAGGCGGGAAAACAUCAAACACCCUCCGAUACACUGGCUUUGUCCUCCCCUCAUCCUUUCUCCUAUUUGAGUGCAUUAAUGAUUUUGGAGAGACAUUUGGAGUGAAGAUGGAGCAAACAAAUCCAGCACUUCCGAGAAUGUGUCUCUGGAAAAAUAAUAUUUCAAAAAAGCCGUCGCACGGAGCCAUAAUCAAUGCACUAAAUGCUGCCAAGAGUGUUAGGAGCAUUCUUCUUCCAGAAGGAAGUGAAAUACGUGCCCCUUGGAUCACCAGUCUGACUUCCUUGCCUUCUGUUUCCAAUCCAAAACUUGGAGAAUUCGUUAGGGGAAUCCAAGGUGGUGACAAGCAUAUUCAAUUAUGCAUGAAAAAACAACUUCUGGCCCAAGCAAGUGAAGAUGAAGUUGCUGUAGGAAGGAAUUCAUCAUCAGAUGAAGUUCACUCUUCAAGUGAGGGGUCAGAAGUCCCCUCCAAAAAGUAUGUCCUUAGGAGGAGAAAAGUAUCAAAGCCGUGCACCCCACAUGAAAAGGCUGAGCACAGACCUCUGUUGGAAAGGACAACCAAUAUCAAGGCUUCAUCUUUAAGUGGAAAUUCUAGUCAAAUCUUGCCUAAUUCACUGAAAGAUUACAUUGAUGGUAAAUUUUCUGUACUUCAAAAGAUGCUAUGUCAGGAGGUUGAAAAUUUCUUGGAAAGAAAAUUUCAGACACUAGAAGAAAGAAUUCUCUUAACCUUACUUGCAUCCUCAAAGGGAAGGACUGCAGAAGCGAAGGAAUACAAUAAGAAGAAAGAAGAGGUGGUGGAAGUGAAUGAGGUCGACCACUCUAUACAUGAAGGGGUGGACCAUAAUGAAGAUGGGAAGGAAGAUGAGAAGGUCGACCCCCCUUGUUUUGAAUGGGUGAACCAUAAAGAAGAUGCUAUUAAAGAUGGGAGGGAAGAAGAGCCGAUGGGAGAGAAUAAGGUCGACCCCUAUAGUUUUGACGGGGUUGACCAUAAUGAAGAGGAAAAAAAUGAUUGGAAAGAAGAAGAUGGGAAGGAAGGAGAUGGGAAGGAAGAAGAUGAGCCUAUUGCAGACAAUAUGGUCAAGCUCUUUAGUUUUGAAGGAAUUCCUGAAGAGAAAGAUGAAGAAGAGGUUGACCAAUUUAAAGUAAAGAAUAGGUCUCCACCAAUCCAGGAAGAAGAAGAGGAAAAGCUUGCAGUUGAGGGAGAGGCCAAUGAAAAUGAGAUGGCAAUGAGUGAUAAAAUUGUCCAUGAUGUUUUUGAAUUCUGCAAAUCAACUGAAAACAAUGUUGAUAAGAAAGUUGAGUUCGAUGUUGACGUCUUGAGAAAACUGACAGAUGUGGAUGAAGUCGCUGCUGCACGGGAAUUGGGUCGAGGUCUCCGGGAGAAGAAACGAAGUAUUCAUAUAUCGAGCCCCUACUUCAGCAAUGUACUUAAAAAGGUAAAGGUUAUUAAUAGUGAUGUAUCAAAUGAGCUGGAUAAAGCCGAAGAAGAGCAACUCAACAUACGAAGGAACCCAUCUAGCCAACAACUUGAGGCCUUCCAUCAAUUCAUGCAGUCGGCAAUUGCUGACGGGAGAGAAGUUCAGUGUAUCAUGGAAAAGAGGGGAGAGUCCCACGGUAUUGUUAAGAAGUGGUGGAGUUCCUUGAUGGAAUCCGGCGGCUGGUUGGAGACCACG